AUGAGUUUUCUGUUUGGCAGUAGAAAGACUCCUGCUGAGCUUUUGAGGGAAAAUAAAAGGAUGCUAGAUAAGUCUAUUAGAGAAAUUGAAAGAGAAAGACAAGGCUUGCAGUCUCAAGAAAAGAAAUUGAUUGCAGAGAUUAAGAAGAGUGCCAAACAAGGACAAAUGGGUGCUGUGAGGGUUAUGGCCAAGGAUCUUAUUAGAACUCGCCAUCAGAUUGAAAAGUUCUACAAGCUUAAAUCACAACUUCAGGGUGUUUCUUUGAGAAUUCAGACUCUUAAAUCUACUCAAGCGAUGGGGGAAGCUAUGAAAGGAGUGACGAAAGCAAUGGGUCAAAUGAAUAGGCAGAUGAACAUGCCUUCAUUACAGAAGAUAAUGCAAGAGUUUGAAAUGCAGAAUGAGAAGAUGGAACUAGUUUCUGAGGUGAUGGGAGAUGCAAUUGAUGAUGCUUUAGAAGGCGAUGAAGAAGAGGAAGAGACAGAUGAUCUUGUGAAUCAGGUUCUUGAUGAGAUUGGAAUCGAUAUCAACUCUGAGCUUGUGAAUACACCUGCAUCAACCUCAAUCGCCGCACCAGCCGCAAAGAACAGGGUUGCUCAGGCUGAACCAACAGGAAACGACGAUGGUGGAAUAGAUGACGAUCUACAAGCUAGGUUAGAUAACCUGAGAAAAAUGUGA